AUGCCUCCAAAACGUGCAAAUAGUUCCACUGAAUCUUUACACACAUCAAAACGUUUGGCAAGUGAUAUUACAGAUGAACAAGAACCACAAAUUAUACCAAAAACUGCAAAUAAAAUGGGAUUACUUUGUAGAGAAAACAGACGGGCAUCUAGUGUACUUAAUCGAACUUUAAUCGAUUACAGCUUGUUAGUCGAUUUUGGUCGAUCUUGCCUAAAAAAUUUUAACCAAUUAAUCGAACAAUGAUUUUGGGUGUCGACUCAAUUCCCUA